AUGGACUACUACAUCAAACGAACUGUCGAGCGGGUCCGCCAGCGGCGCAGGAGCAGGGCCGACAUUGAGGAGGAGAUGAGCAUCGACGAGAGUAAGUCGGCACGACUGUCUGUCUGUCCCCCGGCCGCGGGCGCACCGGAGCGGGCGUGCCGUGUGCAGAACGACGCUGAAGCUUCUUCCUCUGUAGACCUUCACCUGGCGGCGCGGAACAGCAUUGCCAACAUGGACAUUGCGCACGACGACUCGGUCGAGUGCAAGGACGGGAGCCGGUGA